CACGCGCAGAGCGCGCCGCGCGACAGAUCGCCUCGUUCGGCCGACAUCUGCGAUCACGGUUCUGCGUUCAUCCCGCAAGAUAAGCUCUUGGAGUCCGGGGCGUCGGGCAUCCAGAAAACUUCCAGAUACCAUCAGCGCGGGACCGAGCAUGACGCCCCGACGGUCGCUUCUUUUCCCGACUGGUGUGGUCUUCUGCGCAUUCCUGCAGCUAGUGGUCGGCCAAAUGGAAGCCAUGGAUGCCAGAGAUCACUUGAGAAUCGUCCACGACAAGCCCGAUCGCACUGACGUUCCCAGCAGUAGCAAGAGCUCUCAUCCAGGCCUUACUGCGGCGACAUUGGUUACUACACCAUUGAGCACCACCAACGUCUCCAACGGGACACCAGGGACGGCACUGCCCCUCGGCUUCGGGUCGGAUUGCUCGCACGAAAGACAGUGCAACGCACUUCUCGGUCUCGCCUGCAUCAGCAACGAGAACCGCCCGCCAAAGUGCGCCUGCCCUUCAUCGGCACCCGUCUACAUCAACGAGGGUGGCGUCCAGAAGUGUGUCCGAGCCAAAAACCUCAACGAAGCGUGCGUCAGCAACCAGGAGUGCAGCUUCGACAACCCUAACGUGCAGUGCAUCAACUCCUUCUGCAACUGCUCGCACCCAUUCCAGUUGACAGCAGCGAGGCACUGCCUGUUGCCUUCAAAUCAAGGAGGUGACAUCUUCACCAUCGCCCUUAGCAUAAUGCUGGCCUUGGCGUUGCUGCUCCUUGUUGCUGGCUACGCGUAUCAAAAGAUGGUGCGCGAACGUGCCGGUUCCAGCAGCAGCACCAGCACCAGUAGCCGCAGCCGCCGCUCGAAGCGCAAACGGAAGCGUGACGCAGACGUUUCGACCACCUCUUCAACGGCUUGCAUUCUGACCAAAGACAGGCCCUUGCCGGACGUCGACAGCGAGGGGGAGUACUCGGCGGGGGACGAAGAAGGCAGCGAGGAACACGGCGAGUCGAGGCGACAGGCACGCGUCGUCCAGCAUGGCUCGUACUUGCGGGAGCACUCGUUGGUGCCACCUCGUCAUCCGCCCCUUUACAUCAGUCAGCAGGCUGUCAAGGGUCGCAAGGUGGCGGGUUUACCGACGGUACAAGAGACAGAGAGUUCCUCUUCCGAGGGUGGCGAACAGCUGCACUCCAGCAGCAGCUCCAUCACAGAAAAGCCGGAAAGAGAUUCACCUGCCACGCCGCUGUAUCGGACAUGCAAGGGACGACACCUGCCCAUCCUGGCGGAGCGAAAGACAGGUGUCGAGCUCAACUACGACGAACCCGACUGUAGCAGCUCAUCCCCAAUGCACAUGCUUCGACCUAAGGACGAGCACAUGCAGAGGAUCCUCGACAAGCAGCAGGUCGUGGUGACCAUUGAAACGCACAAACAGAGAUCCCUCGGAACUGCCCCAAGCCCUCCGCCCAUAGUGUCGCUGCGGAGGCGAGAGCUUCCUCCGUCGGAGUCCACGGACGACUCAUUCAUGAAGGACCUCAAGCGCCGCCUCAGUCUCAAGGCUCGGUUCAGUGACGACCUCUGCGGAUUGACGCCGGUGAUGCGGUCGGCAUCCGCCGAACCAAUACGUGUCGCGGCUGGUGCCGUUCAGUGCGAGGCCGCUCAAGGCACCCCAGCAGAAGCUGGUUUACAAAAGGCGGAGACGGUCGCCAAGGCGCAGCGGGACGCCGAACCGCCGACUGCUGGGGUGACAUUCGGCACCAGUGUUCCUGUUCACGGGUUCACCGUGUCAACCAAGCCUGCAAAAAAGCAGAUUGCGGACCUCGAGCACCGGGAUGAAGGACCGGAGACGGCGAUAGAAAACGCUGCGGCAACUGACGAUACCUCAAAGUUGGGCCGGAAACAUCGCACUGAAAACAGCCAGCCUCCAUUGCAGUUGGCCGAUAAGAGAGACCACUUCAGCACAAUGCCGGACAGAAGCUCGUUGAACGCGGGCGCGCACAACGCGAAGAGGAGGCGCGCAUCCUCGCCACCUGUUUUGAAAAGUUCCGGCGUUGAGGGCAGAACAGAGCCAAACAAGACGAAAACAGUCUUGCUUCCACCCACUGCACGAGCCGAUAAAACCGAGAGGAACGUGAUUCGGCAAAGUCGGGUACCAGUCACAGUUCCCCCUGCCGGCACGAAUUUCGAGAAAAAGGGAAACGAAGUGCAAAUGCAGUGUCCGGAACCUAACACUGCUAGCGUGCUCACCGAGUUGGAUGCUGCAAAACAACUUUCUGAAAACAGUAACGUCAACAAGCAUCCCGCGCUGCCUGUUCCCAAGGGUACGAAUGCUUGUAUGAGCUCACCGGAAAUCGCUGACUGUAAGACACCUAGUCAAAAAGAAAGGCUGAAAGAUGAGCUUGUCGAUGCUGGCGCGGGAAAAUUGCAGCAGAAGCAAAGUGACCACCUCAAUAUCGAAUAAGUCGGCGAAUU